GCAAAAAAAAAAAAAAAGGAAUAAUGGACGCCUGCUCGUGCGACGGCGCCCGCCUGGCGGAGACGUUCGCCGUGCUGACCUGCGCGCCGCGGGACGCGUCGCAGACCCUCCUGCUCGUGGUGUGCCUCCUGUCCGCCUUCACCUACGCGAGCGCCGGGCUGCUCGUGCAGAUCGGUUCGGCUGACGGUUCUCUGCCCGUCGGCGAGUUCACGCUCGCGCGGGGCAUGCUGCAAAUUUUGACCGCGAUCCUCCUCCUGCGGGGCGAGCGCGAGUACUUCCCACGCGAGAGGCAGCAGCUCUGGGCCUGGCUGCGGGGUGCCAUCACCGCGGCGAAUAUUAUGUUGUACUUCACGGCGCUGACGCAGCUGCCGCUCGGCGACGCCGUGGUCCUGACGUCGCUCUACCCGAUCACGGGCCCCUUCUUCUCGCGCGUCUUUCUCGGGGAGAGACUACCAUUGAUAUUCCCGGUUGCAUUAUUACUUGCGCUCGCCGGCGCGACGACGCUGACGCAGCCCACGUUCAUUUUUGGGACGACCGACGACGCCGACUCCAUCACGACGCUUGGCUAUACCUGCGCGCUGAGCGCGUCGUUGACCUUCGGGCUGCAGUACCCCGUCGGCCGGAUGACGCGGGGGACGCCGCUGGGCAACGUGAUGUUCGCCGCGGGGGCCAUGACCAUGCUCGCGGCGCUCGUCCUGAGCUUUGCGCUGCCCGAGUGGCGCAUCGUGGACCCGCUGAACGCGACCGUCUGGGCCUGCCUCGUCGGCCAGGCCGUGCUCCUCGUCUUUGCGCAGUUCGGGUUCAUCCUGACGACGCAGGAGCUGCCCGCGCACGUCGGCUCCGUAUUGCAGAUCACGGACAUCUUCUGGGCGUACGUGUACCAGUGCACCGUGCGCGACGAGCCGCCGACGUGGGAGCAGGCCCUCGGCGCCGGCCUCAUCGUGUGCGCCGUGCUCGUGGCCAUCUACGGCAACUGGAAGGAGUCCGGCGAGGACUCGGAGGAGCCGUCGCGGCCCCUGCUGUCCGGGGCGCGGCGGCGGCCCGACGAGGCAUAAAAUAAAACUUGGAA